AAAAAAUUUUUAAUCAUCAUCAUCAUCAAAUGUUUGUUUUAUAAUUUUUUUUUUCUUCAACAUCUUGAUCAUCUCUCAUUGGCAUUUUUACUCCAUUUUUUUUCUCCUUUCAAACAUAUUUUUAUCAUCAUCAUCAUCGAAUAAUUUUCAUUCUUGUUUUUAAAAUAAUCCAUCUGGUGAGAUUUGUAUACGAAAAGAAGAAUAAAAAAAAACAUAUAGAUAGAUUAAUCGUGGAUUCGUAUUAAAAACAAUCACUGUAUAAUUGUGACUGUUUUCGAUUAGCAAAGCUCAUUCUACAAGUUUUAAUUUCGUUUUAUAUUUAUACAUUAGAAUCAUGCAGAAAGAAGGUGGUAAAAAACAAUUACUAAUCAUCGAUCCAAAGAAUGAAAUUUCAUUCAAAGGACCAUAUGAUCGUGUUGUAACCGAAUAUUUUACAUUGAAAAAUCCAACCGAAUCUAUUAUUGCAUUUAAAGUGAAAACAACGGCACCUAAAAAAUAUUGUGUACGACCAAAUAAUGGUAUUAUUACACCGAAUAGAGCGGUACAGGUGUCCGUCAUGUUACAACCAGGUGAUUUAACACAAGAAAAACAUAAACAUAAAUUUAUGAUACAAUCAGUGAUCGUACCGAACAACAACAAUAAUAAUGUUAAUCAAUUACAAUACAAUGUUGAUGAAUUGUUCAAAGCAUCAUCACCUGAUGAGAUAAUGGAUUCAAAAUUUAAAUGUGUAUUUUUGGAUUUAACAACACCAUUAACGACGACUAAUCCACAAAUGGCUUUACAAGGUGGUAAAAAUGUUGCAGCACAAAAUUUCGAUCAUGAUCAUCUUUCCGAUGGUGUUGGCAGUAUCGGUGAUGAUUUAGUUAAUGGUGGUAGUUCCGGCAUUAACACAAUGAUGAUGGGUCAAAGUGAAUUUUCUUCAUCGUCAUUGGGUUCGGAAAAUAUUGAUAAUAAUAAUCACAAUAGUAAUUUCGAUACGAACAGUUCUAUUGGAUCAUCUACAAAUGGUCAUCAUUUUGAUGAUCAUAUAUCAGCCAUUCGCAAUAAUAAUAAAAAAAAUGAAACAGUAACAUCAUCUACAACUAUCGGUGGUUCAAUGGGCAACAAACAACAUUGCAACAUGAAUGAAUAUAUGACAACAUCGAAUUUAUCACCAUUCGAUAUUCAAUCGAUACCGUCAACAACAAAUAGUAGCCAGGAUGUUGAAUCAAAAUUAAAAUCAGCCGAAGAAGAGAUUCGUUUGUUAAAAGAUAAAUUACAACAAGUACAACAAUAUGCCAGUAAAUUUUCCAGCCAAUCAUCAUCAUCAACAACAACAAAGAAUGGCGAUAAUUCAACAAGCAACAAAUUAAGUGAAUCAUUAUUCGAUAAUAAUCAAUUGUUGAUUAAAAUAUCGGUCAUUGUUGUAGUCGUUUCGUUUAUUGUUGGAACCAUUUUUGGCAAAAUGUUUUGAAAUCAACGCGCAUCAAAAAUUUUUAAUAUUAAUAAACAAAAAAAAAAUUAAGAAGAAAACAACAAUGAACCAACGAAGAUAGAUGACAACUCGGCUUAAUAAACAAACCAAUAUACAUCCAUUCAAUGUUGGAUGGAUAUAUAGAAAGAAAAAGUACAAGUAAUAAUAAUAACAAUUUUAUUAUUGACCUAAACACCCACCCACACACACACACACACACACACAUACACAAACCCUAUACAGAUAACAGAAAAAAAUGAUAAAAUUAACAUAAGUAAAACACCAAACAGACACAGACGGACACAAAUAGCCAAUUUGUUUUGUGUUUCAUUUUCAUUUUCAAUAUCUACCAAUUUAUGAUGUAAUUUUGAUUAUCAAGUAAACAAACC